UGUUUAUUUACUGUUCUAUUAGGCUUGUUUCACAUGUCCCUCUUUCUCUCCCCCCGUGUUACUCAGCUUUAUCGUUGGGAUCCAUUCUCAGACGUAACUUCGGAAUCGAUAUUGAUGCAACACAGAAGCAAUCUCAGUUCAUUGUUGGGAUCCAUUCUCAAUGUGAACCAACGGUAAAAAAUGAAGAAGUCCGCGGAGGAAGGACUGUUACGAAACAAGGCGUCUAAUUAACUGACAUACAUUGGCAGGUUGUGCA